CCUCUUCCGGGGACGUUGUCUGCAGGCGCUCAGAAUGGUCCAGCGUUUGACAUACCGACGUAGGCUUUCCUACAAUAGGGCCUCUAACAAAACUAGGCUGUCCCGAACCCCUGGUAAUAGAAUUGUUUACCUUUAUACCAAGAAGGUUGGGAAAGCACCAGAAUCUGCAUGUGGUGUGUGCCCAGGCAGACUUCGAGGGGUUCGUGCUGUAAGACCUAAAGUUCUUAUGAGAUUGUCCAAAACAAAGAAACGUGUCAGCAGGGCCUAUGGUGGUUCCAUGUGUGCUAAAUGUGUUCGUGAUAGGAUCAAGCGUGCUUUCCUUAUCGAGGAGCAGAAAAUCGUUGUGAAAAUGUUGAAGGCACAAGCACAGAGUCAGAAAGCUAAAUAAAAAAAAUGAAACUUUUUUGAGUAAUAAAAAUGAAAAGACUUGCAAAAAAAAAAA